UUGUUAAUUAUCAAUAAUAAUGGCUGUUUAUUAUUCUCUUUCAACAUUUUCUAUUUUUCAUCUUCUUCUCAUCUUCAUAAGCUUGUGCUUCAAUGAGAGUUUUGGUGAUAAUGGAGGAUGGCAAAGUGCUCAUGCUACUCUCUAUGGAGGGGGUGAUGCAUCUGGUACAAUGGGGGGUGCUUGUGGUUAUGGUAAUUUAAACAGCCAAGGUUAUGGUACAAACACUGCAGCAUUAAGUACAUCCUUAUUCAACAAUGGAUUGACAUGUGGUGCUUGCUACAAACUCAAAUGCAACAAUAAUGAUGACAAAUUGUGUCUUCCAGGAAAAACAAUUACUGUCACAGCAACAAAUUUUUGUCCACCAAAUCCAUCAUUAUCUAACAACAAUGGUGGUUGGUGCAACCCUCCUUUGCAACAUUUUGAUUUGGCACAACCUGCCUUCUUGAAAAUUGCACAAUAUAAAGCUGGUAUUGUCCCAAUAUCAUUCCAAAGGGUACCUUGCAUGAAGAAGGGAGGAAUAAGGUUUACAAUAAAUGGCCACUCAUAUUACAACUUAAUUUUAGUGACUAAUGUUGGUGGUGCUGGUGAUGUUCAUUCAGUUUCAAUUAAAGGUUCUAAAAAUGGAUGGCAAUUAAUGUCAAGAAAUUGGGGCCAAAAUUGGCAAAAUAAUGCAUAUCUUAAUGGACAAAGUCUUUCAUUUCAAGUGACAACAAGUGAUGGAAGAACUAUCACAAGCAACAAUGCUGCACCAUCUAAUUGGCAAUUUGGACAAACUUUUGAAGGGGCUCAAUUUUAGUUUUUCAUCGUCGAAAUAACGUCUGAUUGUUUUUCAGCUUCAUAUAGUUUUAUAUUUUACAAAUGAAACUUCAUGAUGAUAUUAUAAAUCUAGAGUUUUACUUUGUAGAAUUAAGACUCAGAUGACAUUUGUUAUUUUUAUUAUUAGGAAAAGUGGGUAAUUGUGAAUUUUGUUCCAUUUCACCACUUAAAAAAAGGCCAUGAGAAAAAGAGAAGGCAUCUAAGUAUUUAAAUAUUAAUAGUGUACAAAAUUGUGUUGCUCCUAUUAGAAAUAAAUAAAAAUAGUG